UUUGUGCAGCCAAAAUGAAGUUCAAUCCCUUCGUGACCUCGGACCGCAGCAAGAACCGCAAGAGACACUUCAACUCGCCCUCGCACAUCCAGCGCAAGAUCAUGUUGUCCCCACUCUCCAAGGAGCUGAGGCAGAAAUACAAAGUCCGCUCCAUGCCCAUCCGGAAGGACAAUGAGGUCCAGGUUGUUCGUGGACACUACAAAGGCCAGCAAAUUGGCAAGGUAGUGCAGGUUUACAGAAAGAAAUACGGCAUCUACAUUGAGCAUGUGUUGCAUGAAAAAGCUAACGGCACAACUGUCCAUGUGGGUAUUCACCCUAGUAAGGUAGUUAUCACCAGAGUAAAACUGGACAAAGAUCAUAAAAAGAUUCUUGAGUGUAAAGCCAAAUCCCGACAAGUUGGAAAGGAGAAGGGCAAAUAUAAAGAAGAAACCAUUGAGAAGAUGCAAGAAUAAAGUGGUCUGUUGUACAGUUAUAAUUAAAAAUGAAAAUUAAAAAAAAAAAGAA